GAGAAACUCAAAAGAGGAACAAAGUUAGAGAGUGAGAGAGAAAGAAAGAGAGAAGAGAGGUAGAAGAUGAAGGCACAGGAGGGUGUGUUCUUGGUGGCUAUUUUCUACCUUGCUUAUACGCAGCUGGUGAAGGCGCAACCUCGCAACGAUUGCCAAACUAAAUGUGGCAAUGUCUCAGUUGAGUACCCUUUUGGCACUUCUCCAGGUUGCUUCUAUCCCGAAGAUAAUAGUUUCAAUCUUACUUGCAACGAGAAAGAGAAGCUCUUGUUUGGCCACAAGCCAGUCAUCAACAUUUCUCUCAGCGGCCAGCUUCGUGUUCUGCUUGUUAGAUCCAAAGUUUGCUACGACAGUCAAGGAAAAAAGACUGGCUACAGGGCCCGGAGGACCUCCCUGGCUAGUUUCACUCUCUCUGAACACAACAAAUUUACUGUAGUAGGUUGUAACAGUUACGCAUUUCUCCGCACAUCUGGAGCUGAAAAUUACUCAACUGGAUGCAUGUCAAUGUGUGAUUCUGUCCCAUCGAAAAAAGGAUCAUGUUCUGGUGAAGGUUGCUGCCAGACCCCUGUCCCUAGAGGAAGCUCUUUUGUCAGAGUAAAACCACAUAGCUUUGACAACCAUACUGCUGUGCAUCAGUUUAAUCCUUGCACCUACGCCUUUCUCACUGAAAAUGAUAAGUUCAACUUCAGUUCUUCAGAUGAUCUUAAGAAUCUGCGAAAUGUCAGGAGGUUCCCUGUGUUAGUAGAUUGGUCUAUUGGAAGUCAGACAUGCGAGCAAGUUGGAAACACAAGCAUAUGCGGUGGGAACAGCACUUGUUUCGAUUCUACUACUAGAACCGGGUAUAUCUGCAGAUGCAAUGAAGGCUUUGAUGGGAAUCCAUACCUUCCCGCUGGUUGCCAAGACGUCAAUGAGUGUACUACUAGUAGUACUAUCCAUAGACAUAACUGUUCGGACCCCAAUACCUGUAGAAACAAGGUUGGAGGCUUCUAUUUUUCCCUCACUGAUUCUGGACUUGAUGUUUCCCAGAUCAACUCACUAUAAUCAUCUCUCUGAAUAUACGAUGUGUGUGAUC